GUACUUCUGUGUGACACCCAGCGGAAAUAAACAACGUACCUGAUCGACUCUGUCGGCUGGCGUCCGCUUAAAGCGUCAAAGCAACGAUGGCGUCUGUUCAGUAUCUAAGGCACUUUGUAAACGAGCGACUCACUGCUGCCGCUGAGGAAAUAUUCGGCGUCUUCGAAAGAACUCUCGCCGAGUACCAGGAAGAGCUUCAGCGUCAGCGUCGAAUGGUGGACACCCUCAGUGGCCCUCAAAUCAAGUUACACAGGAUCGAGAUCCAACAUGAGGACAUUGAGCAGAUUUGCACUGAGAAGCUGCUUUAUAAGCAAGAGGUCGACACAUGUGCGGACCAAAGUGAACCAGACCCUCUACUGGAUGGGGUCUCCAGGCAUGAAUUACAUUUAGAAAUAAAACACGUGGACAAGGAGCCGCAGUUUCUUCGUGACCCGCAGCUUUGUUGGCAAGAGCAGAAUUCAUUUGCGGACCAAGAGGAGCCAGAGCCUCCACAGAUUAAAGAGGAACCCGGAACCAGUCACGACGGAGAACUGAAUACCUCCUCAUUUGUUCCAGUCGUUAACGACCAUUACAGCAGAGAGGAUGCCGUCCUGUCCUCGAGUCCCAUUGAAAGUCCGUCAGAGGACGCGAGCGUACACACCGAGACGAGCCGAAAGUCUUUCAGGUGCGACUACUGCGGCAAAGCGUUUGGUUUCAGGUGCAAGCUGAAAAGACACAUGAUGACCCACACGGGAGUGAAGCCCUACUCUUGCAAGACAUGCGGCAAGGGAUUUAACCAGACGUCCAACCUGAAAAGACACUUAAUGAUCCACACCGACGAGAAGCCAUACGCCUGCAAAACGUGCGGGAAGCAAUUCAGGAACACGCACGAAGUCAUCACGCACGGCAGAACUCACACGGGCGAAAAGCCGUACCCCUGCAGCACGUGCGGGAAACGGUUCACGCAGCUCUCUAUCCUCAAGAGACACGUCAUGGUCCACACCGGGGAGAAGCCGUUCCUCUGCAACACGUGCGGCAGAAGCUUCGGCGACCUGUCGGUGCUGAAAAGGCACGCGAUGGUGCACACGGGAGAGAAGCCGUACGCGUGCGACGUCUGCGGGAGAAGGUUCCGCGCCAACAGCAACUUGAGCAUUCACAGGAGGAGGGUGCAUGCGGCGGGACGGUCUCUCGAGGCCGCGUGCUUUGAGACUUGAUGCCCGACGGAAUUUGUUGGUGAACUCACAUGAAACGACGUAUACUUUUUAUAGUAGCUUAUUAGGAGCGUACAUCUCUCUAAUAAAAGACGCUUCGAUGCACGUGUCGAUACACGGGCUGUGAUACGAUUCACGGACGGCUCAUCAUAAAGUGGAACGAUUUGCGUCAACUGA